UAGGACGUCGGUCGGAAGUGUUCGGCUAUUCUCGCGGCGGGCUUGUCCGGCCACAGCGUCCCAACGUAUUCAUUCACUCACACUCGAUCGGUGAGACGGUUCGCGUCUCUCUAUAUACGGGAGCGUAGCGUAGAGGUUGGUUGGCAAGGAAGAAAAGUACGAGAUCGACGUGCAUUACACACCGAUAUGAGUUGCAUCGUGUAGAAGCGCAGUGGUGCGUAUGCGUGACCGGGUGCAUGGACGAACUUGAGUUCGAAAGGGAAAAGGGAGAAGGUGUGCGAGAGUAGUAGACAGAGCGGCGGCGGCGAGCGCGGGCAAACGAUUCGGCAUUGGUGCUCAGGUACGGAUUAGCCGAAAACGCGCAGUCGCGCGUUGUUCCUGUCGGGUGGGAGGUGAUCAGCUGUGAACACGCGAGCAGCGAGAUGUUCGUCCUGCAGAGAUCUAUAUUAUCGUCCAGCAGCAGGAAUUGUGCAGGAUUAUGGGCACGAUUACUGCCACCCACGCAUCCUGCAGCAAAGGAUGUUCAACAGAGGGACAUUCACGAGGUAUCCGGAGAUGUGAUACCUAUCAAUAUGGUGAAAGGUAUCGGUCAUCUGAGGGAUCCUCGACUUAACAAGGGUUUAGCAUUUACUCUGGAAGAAAGAAUAUCCUUGGGUAUACACGGUCUACAGCCCCCGAGAUUUAAAACUCAGGAAGAACAGCUGGCUCUGUGCAAGGCUUCAGUAAUGAAAUAUACCGAGGAUUUAAAUCGAUAUCUCUAUCUAGUGGAAUUGCAGGAAAGAAAUGAAAGAUUAUUUUUCCGUCUGCUGAGCGAGAACAUCGAACAAAUGAUGCCUAUCGUUUACACACCUACAGUUGGAUUAGCUUGUCAAAAGUUUGGUGUUAUUUAUCGUAGACCUCGUGGACUAUUCAUCACCAUAUAUGAUAAAGGACACAUCUACGAAAUCUUAAACAAUUGGCCCGAGCAAGCGGUUCGCGCGAUUUGCGUAACAGAUGGAGAGAGGAUUCUAGGUCUCGGCGAUCUGGGUGCUUGCGGAAUGGGAAUUCCCGUAGGGAAAUUGGCUCUUUAUACAGCUCUGGCUGGUAUUAAACCGCAUCAAUGCCUACCAAUCACCAUCGACGUGGGCACUAAUAACGAACAGCUUCGAGAUGAUCCUCAUUAUAUCGGUCUUAACAAGCCCAGGAGUCAGGGCGCCGAAUACGAUGAAUUGAUCGAUGAAUUUAUGGCAGCUUGCGUGAAGAAAUAUGGUCAAAAUGUUCUCAUUCAAUUCGAAGACUUUGGUAACCACAAUGCCUUCCGUUUUCUGGACAAAUACCGGGACAAGUAUUGCACGUUUAACGAUGACAUACAAGGUACCGCGGCUGUUGCGGUCGCCGGAAUUUUAGCUUCCAAGAGAGUCACGAAGAAAAAAAUGUCCGACAAUAAAUUUGUCUUCUUGGGUGCUGGUGAGGCUGCCAUUGGAAUAGCUGACCUUUGCGUGAAAGCAAUGGAAGCAGACGGAUGCACGCAACAGGGGGCUCGUGAUAAUAUUUGGAUGAUGGACAUCGAUGGAUUAUUGGUUAAAAAUCGACCCGAGGGUAAUCUGGAGGGUCAUAAGAUCUGGUACGCGAAAGAGCAUAAAGUGAUGAAGUCUUUACUAGAGGUCGUGAAGGAAGUAAAGCCGACGGUAUUGAUUGGCGCGUCGGCGGCCGCGGGAGCAUUCACUCCUGAAGUAUUGAAAGAAAUGGCGAAGAACAAUGAAAGGCCACUGAUUUUUGCGUUGAGCAAUCCGACUAGCAAAGCAGAAUGCACGGCGCAGCAAGCUUACGAUCACACUAAUGGAAAAUGCAUUUUCUCAUCAGGAUCUCCGUUUGGAGAGGUCAAGCACAAUGGAAAAAUCUAUAAACCCGGACAAGGAAAUAACGCUUACAUAUUUCCUGGAAUUGCAUUAGGUGUCAUCGCAACUGGGUGUCAUCAUAUUACUGAGGAUCUUUUCCUUAUCUCGGCUGAAACUGUGGCUAAUCAUGUGAAAGAUGAAGAUCUUGAGAUGGGUAGUCUUUAUCCACCUUUAAGUACCAUUCGUGAAUGUUCCAUCGACAUUGCUAUUCGAAUUGCUAACUACGCGUAUGCGAAAAUUGGAUUAGCCAGCGAAUAUCCAGAGCCAAAAGACAAAUUGCAGUUUAUUAAGAGUAAAAUGUACGAUGCCAACUAUGACAGCCCACUGCCAAAUCUUUACGACUGGCCCGGAGAUUAUGCCAAGCCACGUAUUUUGCCGGAGAAAGACACUGUAGAAAUCCGUCACAAUUUAAAAGGUCUGUAGCGGAUUUCAUCCAGCCGGAUAUACAGAGGCUAUCAUUAUUAACAUUAUCGAUAAAGUAAAUAAAAAAAACAAUAUAUAGAAAAAAAUAUAUCGCUGUGUCCUGAAUUGAAACUAUAAAAAAAAAGAAACAUCGGUGCAGUUGCAAAACGUACAGUUUCUUUUUAACUGUAAGGAAAUUGUCACCCUUAAUUGCCAGUGCUUUUAACGAUGUAACUUGCACGAAGCGUUAAAGCACUAAAACAGAGAAAAGUAUAAAAAUGAUAACGAUGAGACAUAGUGCUAUUGUUACAGUAUCGAAUGUCGCAGUAAGCUAACAUUGCAGUAUUUUAAUGUCCUCCUCCAUCCCGAAUGCAGUAUUAGGAAAAUGCUAGUUUUUAUCGUUCAAGAUCGUGAUAAGUAUUAACCAUUGAAAGUAUUUAAAGAAAGUUUUGUGGAAUUGUUGUUUCGAUAAUACUAAUUGUGUUGUAGAAAGAGCGAAACGAAGGGAUUCAAAUUGUCUCUUCGUAUGAAAUACAUUUAUGAUUUUACAUUUUAUUGACACGCAUACACGUGACGAUUGAAUGAAAACCAAGCGUUUGUAGUACGGUGAUAUUUUGCGAUCGUGGAAAAAUAAAUAGAACAAUUUCACGAAUAUAUAUAUAUAUAAAAAAAAAAAAGAAAAUAGUACCCCAUGUAAAUGGACAAAUUUCGUUCUUUCAUUCAUUUAGAAUUUUCCAUAACAUAAUUGUUUUCUAGAAAUAAUUACAAAGAAAUUUCCCCUUCUAUGUUUAAGGUCAUCCGAAAGUUACUCUAAAGAUGAUCUCUAAAAGAACCGAACAGGAGUCCGAAAUUCCUCCCUGAAAAAUAAUCCUUCCACUACCAAAUCGAUCCAAAGAUGAAUGCGGUGCACGCUUUAGCGCUAUCAUGUUUUUAAUUUGCCAUCUUUUAUGUUCGUACAGGCUACUGCCAAUGAAUUUUUCUUUUUUUUUCUCAAAGAAGCUAAAUAAAACUUAUAAACAGAUUUUUUUCUUAACAUUAGGUCGGGUUAACCAACUGUCACUUAAGAAUUGUAAUAAAAAAUGCAACAAACAAGAUAAAUGGUUUUUUGUCGUCCACGGAAGUGAUAAUCGGUACCAUCUUUAAUGUAUCUUGCGUUUGCUCAAUAGAAUCGCGCGUGUUUACGGGUAAAAAAGAUGUAAAGGUUCAAAGAUCGAACACACUAUUUUCGAAUUCAAUUUUUAAACGUAAAUUGUAAAUUGUACUUAGUAUCUUGUUUGAAAGAUACCAUGGGAUCACGAAGUAUUUGUUCCUAAAUCGAUGAUCUUCGUACUUUCGAUCAUCGUCGAUGAAUCAAAUACAAUACGAUUUAUUUUUCUCUAUAUGUAUAAAGUAUUCUAGCUUUGUCAUGGUAUAUAGAAUACGACAAAAUUCUUGGUGCAAAUGAGAAAUUAAUUGAAAUUUUCAUUUCUAUUUUAAAUAAAUUUAUGUAUUUUCUUAUUUCUAUUAUCCAUAAUUUCAAGUACCUAAUACGAAUAUUUCUAAUUGGGUAAAUAGAUGAAUUCCUAAUAAUAUAAAUAAUGCAUUAUUAACUUCAUUUGUAAAAAUGGAUACAAAUAGAUGUCCAUCUAAUGCUAAUUAGAGACUGAAGGUAAGUAUCUACAUAAUCGAUAAAAUUUCAAAGCUACUAUCCCUGAAAAUGUACCUCUAAAUUAAAUUUGAAUAUUUUUACUAUUACUCUCUCGUUUCUCCCAUCAGUUUUGUCGACUUCUAUAUACGCUUUCGGGUCUUCUCGCAUGCUAUAUAAUAUAAAUAAUUCCUGGGGAAUCUUACAGAAAUGGUGUAUACGUGCAUAAACAUUUGUUUGUUACGUGUCGUGUGUAUAUGUAAUUAAUUAUUAAUUAGCCAAAAUACCGGCUAACGAAGCCGGGCUAUACUGUGUGUAAGAACUUUGCUGUCGAAUUUGUUUAUCUUUAGACUAAAUUAUAGCAACAAAUUCAUCCAAGCGACUAAAACUCGCUCUGAUGUUGAACAUCAAACAAGUCUAUGUUCUUAUAAUUAUGCUUGGAAUUAAAUAAGGGAAUAGUCGCUUGGUUGAACGAAAAAUUAAAAAAAAAAAAAAAA